CACCAAUGUGACCACGAACAGCCUAUUUGUCCCCCUGAACAAUUGUGGCCACAAACAGCAUAUCAGUCCCCCUGAACACCUAAAUUGUGGGAACAACCCAUACAUCUCUCUGAACAGCAAUGUGGCCACGAACAGCCUAUCUGUCCCCCUGACCACCUUUCUGACCACAGGCAGCCUAGUUGUUCCCCUGAUCACCUAUACGUCAUCUCACCUGAUUUUAAGGCGAAGGUGAUUUUUCAAUUGACUAGGAUGAUUGGUCUGAUGGCAAUUUUCCAAACGAUUUGGAUUAUGGCAGGUCCAAAGGUGAUUUUCCUAGGAAUAAGAAUAAGAGCAGGUCCGAAGCCAAUUUUUCAAGCGAUUAGAAUGAUGGUCGGUCCGAAGGCGAUUUUUAAAGCGAUUUCGGUUAUGGUUGGUCAAAGGCGAUUUUUAAAGCGAUUCGGGUGAUGGUGGGUCAAAGGCAAUUUUUAAAACGAUUCGGGUGAUGGUGGGCUAAAUGCGAUUUUUAAAGCGAUUUGGGUGAUGGUGGGCUAAAUGCGGUUUUUAAAGCCAUCUAAUUCAAGUUCAUCUUCAAGUUCACCGGUUAGCUUGUGGGAUACCCGUCCAUGUCUCUAGCUGUGGCCCUGCAAGUGCACGGCUUGCCAGUCACAUGGCAGCAGGUUGCACUCCCACCCGUUUCUUCUAACGUGCCAUCAAGGUGUUGGGGGAGGUGAAAAAUUGUUGGAUUGGAGAGCACUGUGAUAACAAAGAGACACUUGGAAGACUCAGACCCCCAAGUCACAAGUCCCAAGACAAGAGAUAUAAAGACAUUCUGAGUGAAAGAGACACUUUAAAAACCCAGAUAAGGGAGAGAUAGAAAGGUUUCAGGAUGGGUGUGGAAACCUGCCCGAUUUGCAUGCGGAUGUAUGCUCGGCUAAGCCAGCACUUGACAGUGAGGCACAAAGUGGAGAACAAACAAGAGAGGAAGCUGCUCCUGGCACUGGAGUCUGGCCGAGUUGAUGCCAGGGCUGGCAUGUGCCCCGUUCCAGCCUGCGGAAAGUUCUCUAGCCGGCUUGACCGGCACAUCAGGACUCACAGUGAAAUUUCCCUGGUGGCGCAGGAUGAGGCUCUCAGGUUAAGCAAGAGAAAACAUCCUGAGUAAACUUACUGUACUCAGGGCCACGAACCCAGAUGUUCCCAUGGUUUCCACCCUCGACCUGGAGGAGCUGCAGGAGUUGGAGGAAGCCACCUUCCAUCCUGACGAGGAGGAAGAAUGUGCCAAUCAAGGCUGCAAAAGGCAAAAAGACUUGCUGAGGACCCAAGUGGUGGACCUGAAUCAACAGGUAGACAUAUUAACAGACAGCCUCCGGAAGGUGACCAGACGAUACCGAAUCUUAAAAAGGAGGUCUGCCAGCCUCGGUGCGAUGCGAACAGGGCAGGUGGUCCGGAAGCUCCUAUCUUCUCUUGGACCAGAGGAAGAGGACGACACCCCAGUCAGCCCUACUGCCCCCGCCGACCACGACCAGGCCACCUCAGCCCAGGCCACCUCAGCUGGUGAACCGUCCAGUUCUAAGCAGUCCAUUGACCAAAAGGAUAAAGUCGGUGAGGAGAGACCGUCUGCAAGUGGCAGUCAGCAGUCGCCUAAGAAAAGCCCUCCCCCCUAUCCAGACCAUGUGUCAGCGCUCAAUGACAUGCUGGAAGAUUAUCGCCGCUUCAAGGAAGGCCCAGAUCCCAGCUAUAAGCUGAAGGAAAAUGUAAGCUGCCAGGCUGCCAGGUCUACAGGAUAAAAAAGUUCAUUGCUUACAUGUCAGAGGGAAAAAGCAAGCUGUCCGACUUUCUCUUCCUGAACAAUAAAGCAAAGUUACACAUGUGGGUUAGCUCCCUCCCCCAGGCCCACAUGACGGUCACCACCCUACAACAUUACCUAUUGAACGUGGAAUGCUUCAUGCAGUACCUGGCGGAGACCCCUCCGCCAUCGUGCCGGCUGUCCAAGCAGUCGCUGAUCGGACUUCGACAGGAGAUAGCAGGAAUAAGAAGGUCUUUGAAGAGGGGAGUGGCCAUUCACCAGACGGCGGUCAAAACCCAAAAAGAGGAGUGAGUGAUUUCAAAAGCCAUCCUCCUGAAGUGCCGGGAACUGGCAGCCAAGGCAAUACCCAACCUUCUGAGCCUCUUGGAAAAUGACCCAAAUCAGAAGAAUCAAUGGCAGUUCUACGGGCACUUUGCUGCAUUGUUGUCAGCCCUUUAUGGGCACAGAGGUGGGGUAUUUCAAAAUAUUACGAUGCAGGAGGUGUUGGGGGCAAAAAGGUCCGUCUCGGAGAAGGCUUACCUGAUUAACGUGACAAGUCACAAAACUAAUCAGUAUUUUGGCCCUGCUCAAAUUGCCCUAACAGAGGAGGAGUGGGGUUGGGUGCAGCGCUUCUUAAGCAUCAAGGAUCAGUUGCCAGGGGGGACAAACCCAAAAUACUUGUUUUUCACAUCAACACCCAACCCCUGUAAAAACCUAAAUAAUUACUUCCAGGACGCCUGGAAGUCAAUGGGCCUACCUGGGUGCCCCACCUUCACAGACGUACAAAGGUCCAUCGCCAGCCACGCCAGGUUUACACACUCCACAGAGGACUGGCUUAAAAUCUCAAAGUUUAUGUGCCACGACCUGAGGACAGCUGACAAGUUCUAUGUGGUGAACCUCUCCGCCCAGCAGGCCAUGGAGCACCGCCGUCUGUUUGAGAGUGCGUUAGAGGGAGCAGAAAGGAGCCCAUUGAAGCAGUCCCAAGAAACGGAAGAGGCCUUCAAAGUCAGAGAAGAGCAAAAAGAAGCGGUGCCAGAGGCCUCCGGACGAGUCACCAGAGAGCACCACCUCAAAAGAGCUGGUGCUACAGCUGCAGUAAUCCGGCACAUCAAGUCUUGAGGGCACUGAGUGAAAGAACAGCCGGGGAGGAUGGUGGAAGCAGUGAGCCGGAAGGAGGAGCAGAAGGCACAAAGCACACCCAGUGCCGAGGUUCAAACCAAAUUAAAAUUAGAGCAAGGACAACAGCCUAGAAGAAAAUACCCCACCCAUACGAAAGGUGCAUUAAGGACCGUCAUGACGCCCCAAAGCGUAUCUCCCCUCAAAGUACGAAAAUCAAGCUUUUCUCCGAACUGUACAACGCUCAUGGGAAUGAGCCGGUAGAAAAAGGCGUCAAGAAUGGUCAAGAGGGCCAUUGAAAAGCGCAAGAGGCGUAGAUAGACACUUUUGCAACUCACAAUGCACUUUAUUGGACUGAACUGUUCUGUUAAACCUUACAUUGCUCUUUAUUUGUGUGAACUGUUCUGUUAGACCUCACAUUGCACUUUAUUUGUGUGUACUGUUCUGUUACAUAUGUUUCUACUUGA